AUGGGCAAGGGAUACGGCGUGAAGCAGUUCCGCACCGAUCUCAAGGCUUACAUGCAGAUGGCUGCCAUCGAAAACCAGCAAGUGGUUUUCAUCUUGGAGGAUCAUCAGAAAAACCUGCAUGUGGCUGUGAUCAUGGACUACACAAAUCCCUCGUUCACGGUGAACUGUCAGAGCAACCCUGCCCUGAUCAAGCAGUGCAAUGUCAUGUGGAUGAGCAAGUGGAGUAAGGAGAGCAUGUGCUCCCUGCCAAUGAUGGUCAUCACUAAGAGCAAGGACUCGGGGGACGCAGCAGGAGUCUUCACACAAGAGAAAAAGAAGAAAAAGGACAAGAGAGAAAGACGAGUUUCAGGCGGAGAUUCCCUGCUAAAUGGAUUCCUCUCCAUCCACCAGUCCAUGCCAAGCAACGCUGCGACACCGAGAAAGUAUAUGCAGCUGAUGAAAACAUACCUGAAAGUGUACAAACACAAGAAGCAGAUGAUUCUCGACAGGCAGCAGCACUUGAAAGGUGGUGUCGACAAACUGAACGAAGCAACAACAGUUGUGGACAAGCUGAAAAAGGAGGCUGGAGAACAGGAGGUCAAACUAAACCAAAAGCAGGAGGAAGCAAACAAAGCACUCAAGAUGAUUACCAACACCAUGAACUCACACAAAAUUCACGCCGACGCUCCUGCAAAGCAGCAUGAAGGUCACAUACGAAGCCCCUCCAGGUGUGAAAAAGAACCUCCUUCGUUCCUACACGAUGGGGGACCAGAGUACAUUGCAGCUGGAGGCGGAAACGCUCAGCGAGCUCAGGCGCUGUUUGCCCUGGCAUGGUUCCACGCUGUGGUCCAAGAACGACGAACGUUCAUUCCUCAAGGUUGGACCAAGUUCUACGAAUUCAACUUCGCUGAUCUCAAGGCAGGUGCAGACAUCCUCGACCGCUUGGUGGCGAUGGGAACCUUGCGCUGGGACUACAUGCACGGUCUGAUGGAAAACGCCAUUUACGGUGGCCGCGUGGACAACUCAUUCGAUCUUCGUGUGAUGGUGUCAUACCUCAAAGAGUUUUUCAACGGAGAGGUCAUCUCUGGGUCGUCCAAAGCUCAUCGUCCUCUGGGCCCGAACAUCAACCUGCCGACGUCCGCAGACUUCAAGGAAUACAUCCGCAUCAUCAAGUCAUUCAGUGAAACCGACAAACCCAUCUACUUCGGCCUUCCUGCGAACAUCGACCGUUCGGCACAGCGCAUGAUCAGCGCGAAUGUCAUCAGCCAGCUGAAGGUGCUGAUGAGAUCAAUGCAGGCGACUGACAAGUUCGACCGCGACAAGUGGCAGAAAGAACUGUCACCAGUGCUAAACCUGUGGAAGAAGCUCAACUCAGAGGUCAAUCUGACGAAGCAAAUCACGCGGCAGUCAGCACAUCGAAUGUCGAUCAGCAGCACCAAAGAACCAAUCACCUCUUUCAUCCAGCUCGAACACUUCAACGCGCUGCGUUUGGUACAGGACGUGCAUCGCAGCUUGGCAAACGUCAGCAAAGUGAUCCGUGGCACUAUGCUUCUGUCCCCUGACGUCAAGAAGGUGGCAGAUAGCCUGAUGCGCAACGAAACACCGGGCGCGUGGCAGGCGGUGUGGGAGGGACCAGAAGAUCCGUUCCAGUACCUGCGCUCCCUGGUCAGUCGCACGCUCGCCUGCAAACGCUGGGUGCAGAAAGCCGAGUCGGGCACACUGCUCAACGAGCCGCUCGAUCUAUCUGAGCUGUUCCAUCCAGACACCUUCCUGAACGCACUACGCCAGCAGACUGCGCGCUUGCACAAAACAGCCAUGGACGGAUUAGUGUUUGUCUCGUCCUGGGCGAAGAUCGGAGUCAACUCGAAGAUGCCGGUAAAAUUGACUGGCCUGCAGCUGGAGGGCUGUGCAUUCGAUGGAGCACGACUGACAGAGAGUCGUGCUGAUUCGCCUAGUGUCACUAGUGUACCCGUCUGUACAGUGGCUUGGGUGCCUCGUGACGAUGCCGAAGCCAAAGUCCCGACCGAGGUCAUCUCAAUGCCGCUGUACAUGACUCAGGAGCGCGAAAAGGUCGUCGUGUGCCUGGAUGUCCCCUGCGCUGGGGAGACCGGGCGCUGGAUUCAGUCGGGUGCCGCCAUGUUCCUCAAGGAUUAGCUGUCCGACCCGUCACAAAGAGCUGGUGUGAGGUGCCGACGUAGGACUUGGCGCCCGCCAGUACGAUUGCCGUAGAUUUCCUGUGAGGAAGUCAGAUGCACUUGCGAGGAAAGGCCCAUUUACUGGGAAGAGGAUCGGAGCUGCACCGUCGCCGUCGCAAAAAGAAUGCGUCCGGACUGCCUGAGCUAUGUUUCUUUUCGGUGUGCGACUUACUGUGAUCAGCUUACGGCAAGGUCGCGCGAUUUAUGUGGUUUUCUUAAUACCACA